CGCGCGGCGCGGCCGGCGGCGCGGCCCACGCCGCAGUCGCUGGGGCUGGCGGGCGAGUACUACGUGGACGACGUGUGUCUGUCGCAGCGCGGCGCGCACCACAUGAAGCAGCUCGAGGCCGACAUGGGCAUCACGCACACGCGCCGCAAGCGCCGCUUCAAGAACGACAACACCGAGAAGGACGCAGAAAUAAUGGCAUCUAUUGAAACAGUGGUUCAGAACGCAGACGUCGAGAUGGGCGACGACUCCAAGCCUGACAGCACCGCUGAAGUCAAGGACGAACCUGGUGUACCCAACACGAAUUUCAAAGAAGGCAUAUUAUGGAACGUUGCCAAUGACGGUCCGCCUCCCGAGGGCUUUACCAUCUAUACUACGGACUCAGGUCUCACAGUACUGCGGAGAAAGAGACAGAGAAACCUGAACAAGCUCGGGAUUGGUGGGUUUGUUGUAAGACAGAGACAAACUACUGCCAAGGCGCAGGCUGAUGAGGAAAAGGACGGAGAUGGAACACAAGCAUCUGGAGAAUCACCCAGUAAUAAGCGCAAACCUCGUCGGAAGCCACGGUCCAAGCUCAUGGAGCAGUUCCCAUCUUAUAUGCAAGAAGCUUUCUUUGGCAAAGAUUUGUUGGAGCCAACUAAAGCAACUGUUUCAUCUACUGCCGGGAACCCCGCGUCGAGCCCGGCGGCGCGGUCCCCGGAGCCGAGCUGGGCGCGCUGGGAGCUGGACAACUCCGACAGCGACGGCGAGGACGUGCUGCACGCGCUGCACUCCUACUCCGACCUGCACUGCUCUGUACUCAUCUCGCUCAACACGGAUGAAGUAGAAAUACUGAACUCUUUGAAGCCAAAAGAUGAGAAGGAUGACGUUUCCAACACAACCAAUUCAGAUGGCACAUUGAAGAUCAAGACUGAGUUAGACGAAUGUCAGUUGAAACAUACUGAGGACUCCACUGCCCUGAAGAAUGCGAUACUGGGUCCGCAGCCAGCUGAGGCUGAGCAGCCACCCACUGUCGCCACUGAGAGCAUACCUACUGUACACAGUACUAAAACUGAGGCCAUCAGCGAAACUGGUGGAUCAUCCCAAGCAUCAACGAUAUCUCCUAAGGACGACUUGUCUCUCCUCGGAGUGAAUCUGGACGCCAUGGUGAGGGACGGCCUCCCUGACAUGGACAGCAAUGAUGUCGAUGAAAUAUUCAAGGGAGUGCUCACUGAUGACUCACAGGAAUCGCAAGAGUCGUCCGUUUCGUACGUGAACUCUAUGGCAAGUACGCCAUACUCGCAACAACGACAACAGCUGCAAAGCCCCAUGGAGUAUACCUCGCCUUACCCGGAGUUUGGAGGCAGCAGCAGUAACAGCGCGAUGAGUCCGCUGUUCUCUGAGAGCGGUAGUGGCGGCGCGACCUGGCCCGACCCUGCGCAGGCGCCGCCACCUUCGUACAACCAACGCAGUGCCGACAAGAUGCGGGCUGACGAGAGUUUAGGCUCAGCUGCAACAAUAUCAGCCGUACUAUACGCCAAUACAAACCAUCCGGAGUGGAAGACAGAAUUCCCCAACUGGGUGGACCGUUGCAAACAGAUACUGAAGAAAUGGCGCGCCUUACCAUCCGACCAGAAGGCUCCAUACUUGCAGCGCGCCCGCGACAACCGCAGCGCUAUCCGUAUGAAGAAGGCUCAGCAGGAGCUUCACGCACCGAGCGCAGUCUGGCGCGAGGGUGCCAUGCGGAAGGAAUUGGAUGAUGCAUUUCAUGCGGAUUUGGACUGCGAGCAGGAGCGGGCGUGCAGCCAGCAGCGCAGCGCGCGCGAGGCCGAGCAGGAGCGCCAGUGGAAGCAUCUGCAGCAACAGCGCCAGCAGCAGACGCAGCAGCAGCAACAGAUCAUACACGACCAGCGCAUGCAAGCAGCCAUGCAGCGGUUACGUACCCCGGACGGCAGCUCCCCCCCGGGCGCGGGAGCCCCGGCGCCUGCGCCCCCCGCGCCGCCGGCGGAGGCGCCGCGCAGUGCGUUCCCUGCACAGCGCUUCCAACACUACGGGAACAAUGACGACAUCAACCGCCAGCUCAGGGACUUAUUGCAAAGACAUCCCGAGAAAAUGUGGCCUGGACCACAUGAGAGCGCGUCCCCAGCGCCGGGUGUAGGCGAGGGCCAGCCCUUCCGCCAGCCCCUGCCGGUCACGCUGCGAGCGAGGGCGCCACUCAUGCACCCAGCACGACCUGACCAUCACUUGAUAAUGCAACAGCGCUUGAUAUCGGCAGACAACAGUCAGUUGCAGCAAGCGGUCCAGAGUCCCGCACCACAACAGAUGGUGGAACAGAAACAAAAUGUCGUGCAAAAUAAUGCUCCUAACAAUGAAAAUAAGCAGGAGUCCAACCAGGAGCAAGGGACCGAUGAGAUGGAUAUGGGAGACAUGGACAAACUCGAACAAGAUGGCGCUAAUAUCGGAGAGGUGGGUGACAUCUUAACCGGGCUAGGCGGUGAGGAUGACGAGGAAUUAUUUGAGACGCUCACAGCUGAGAUAGGAGAGCAGUUCAACAUCCUGGAGUAUGCCGACCCUGAACUGGCAGCACUCAAUGAUGCAGAGCAUAUACUGGACGGACUAGAGCUCGCUGACGACGGGAUGCCUGAGAGACACGCCAAGAGGGAGCCAGAAGAUGAACAGGAGCAAGCUCAAGAGAACAAGAACAUGUACAAUGACUUACAAAAAGCUGUGAAGAAUAUUGAAUGUAAGCCUGAAGUUAAGGCAGAGAUGGAGGAUGUGAAACCCGACGUUAAGUUGGAAGCUCCAGCUACACCUGCACCACAACAGAUGUACAACGACCCAGUACAGAGAGUUAUAUCGCAGAAUCAACAAAUUGCAUUGCAGAAUGCUAUGCAGGCCAUCAAAUCUGAAGUGAAACUGGAGAGUGAAGACAAGCCCCCGCGGCCAGUGUUCACACAGAUGUUCAGUAACACACCGCAACGGGUGCAGUUACAGCAACAUCAGCAGGGUGCGCGGGGUCCACAGUUCGGUCCCGGGCAGGUGAUGGGCCAGCAAGUGGUACAACGGCCACAGGUGCAGUUCACUCCCUCGCAACAUAUGCACUAUGCGCAGGGCGGCAGUGCGGCGGGCAUCCCCGCGAGCGCGGCCAGUAUAGUGAGCGCCAUGACGGCGCAGGUCAACGCCGCGCUGGCGGCCGGCCGCAGCAUCGCCGCCGGCACCAGGCUCGUCGCCGCCGACGGCUCCGUCGGCGUCGUCAGGCCCGACCGGACUGUCGCGCUCGCGCAUCUACCAUACGCCGCCACAGUAUCAGGCGGACAAGUGGGGCAAGUGGGCCAAGUGGGCCAGGUGGGUCAACCGGGUCAGGUGGGGUCCGUGGGCCAACCGGCCCCGGGCGGGGCCCGACCCCCGCCGCCGCCCCCGUACCCGGGCACCCUGCGCCAGCCCCAGCCGCCGCCGCCCCCCUACCCACAGUCGCUGAAUAGUAAGCAGAGACAGUUGCGUAAGUCGGGCAACGAACUGCUGCCUAACGACGCAGCCGAGCUGCAGCGCGUGUCCACUGAACAACAAGCGUUACAGAAGCAUCUCGAAGCAGCACGCAAACAAGCACGUCAGCAUAGCAUGCUUAUUCAGGAAUAUGAGACGAAACAGCGACAGCAAAAUCCCCAGCUCGCUCAGCAAACUGUGAUAAACCAGCAGCAGCAGAUCACAUCGAGUCAAACGGUAUUCGCUCAGAAUCAGAACAUUAGCCAGGGCCAGCAGGUGCAGCAGCAGAGCACCAUCAGUCGACCGAUGCAGCUGGGGCUGCAGGGUGCUGGCAUACAGCAACAACAGACACUCAUUCGCACUCAACAAACUGUCAUCGGGGCUGACGGGCAACCGAUAUCCCAGCAGAGGAUCGGUCUAGUGACGUCACCGCUCAACACACAAGGAAGGCUGGUCACCCAGGGCGGGCGCACGCUAGUCAUCGAGCAGGCCGGCGGGCCCCAGCCACAGCUCGUGCGCCAGCUGGCCGGCGCCGGCCAGGACCGCGCGCAGCCCAUGGGGCAGUUCGCGGGCCGCGGCGCCGCGGGCGCGCGCCAGCCGGGGGCGCGGCCCGCCAUGUCGCCGCUACACGUGCAGUCCCCGCUGGCGCCGCAGUCGCCGCUGCACCAGCUGACGUCGCCCAUGCAGUCGCCGCUGCACUCCCAGCAGUCGCCGCUGCAUCACACGUCGCAGUCCCCGUUGCACCCGUCCACGCAAUCCCCACUGCACACUCAGCAGUCACCGCUGCACUCCCAGCAGUCCCCCAUGCACGUGCAGCAGGGUGGCAUGGCGCAGCAAUCGGUGCAGCAGUCGCCGAUGCAUCAGUCCCCCAUGCACCCGCAGCAGUCUCCCUUGCACCAGCAGUCUCCGAUGCAUCCGCAACAGUCGCCGAUGCACCAACAGUCGCCGAUGCACGUACAACAGACUCAAAUGCCGCAACACUCUCCGAUGCCCCAACAGUCGCCGAUGCACUCGCAACAAUCUCCGAUGCAUAUGCAACAAUCGCCGAUGCACACGCAACAAUCCCCCAUGCAUACGUCGAUGUCGCCGCAACACUUCCUGCAACAGUUGCAAGCUCAAAGGACCAGCCCGCAACUACCGACACCUAGUCGGAGCCCUCAAAUAUACCAACAAUCACAAAUACAGAGUCCAGUCGCGUCACAUUCACCACAAAUGCAAAAUGUUGAUUACGCAACUGGUCGGUUCUCACGACCAGCACCUGGAUGCUCGCCUUUACCGACGCGGUUUGCUAGACCACCACACCAUCAGCAAGGUAUUAGAGUGGGCGGACCGUAUGGAGGUCGCCAACAAACGUCACCGCUCGGCAGCCCACAGCCGCUUCCAUCUCCAGGAAAUCCUGCCAAUGAGAUGGCGCGACAACAGAUGCUGCAGCGGCAGCAGUACAGUCCCAUGGGGGGCGCGCCCGCCUCCCCUUCCGUGGCACGCUCCCCCCACGUGGCGCGCACGCCCACCCCUUCCCCCGCCGCGUCCCCCGCGCCGCACGCGCUCAUGGAGCAUGGAGGCGGGCUGCACGGGGGACACGGCGCCGCGCCUCUGCCGCCCGGUUACCGUUACACGCGCGCCGGGCUGCGGGGCGGCGCGCCCGGCCCCGGCUGGCCGCCGCGCCCUGCGCACGUGACCAAGGUGUCCAUCCUCAAGCGCCGCACGCCGCCGCGCCCGCGCGCCGCGCCCCAGCACGACGCCGAGCCCGCGCCCUCCGACGCGCGCGGAUAUGUCGUGUACGCGCCCGACGCGCGCGACGCGGAUGACGUGGAAGACCUGGUGGAGCACUUGGACGACGACGACAUCGUGCUGGUCGAGCCCGACGCCGUCUCGCCCGAGGAGCGCAUCGCCACCGAGGAGGACUUCGAGGAGCUCAUCGACAGCGGCAAGCCGGACGACGAGGUCGAGGAGGAGGCCGAGCGCGCCCCAACCCGCACCGAGACCACCACCAAGACCGUCGCCGUCAUCAGCCUGUCCACGGGCAAGCAGCCCGCCAGCGUGCAGCAGUACAAGAUCCUUAGCCCGAGCGGCGGCCCGCGCGCUCGCCUGCCGCUACUCAGCGCCAGCAUGCUAUCGCCGCACUCCAAUACCAAGAUCUUAGACGAGGUGUCGCAGGCCACGGUGGCCUCUGUCUCGAUAGCUAACCAAACUAUCUCAGUACCGGUACUGAAAAAUCUAUCGGUACCGAUCGCUAGUGUGGCUAGCCACGUGGCUGGAGUCUCCAAGUCACAGAUCAAGAAGGUGCCGCUGAACUUGGCCACGCCACCUCUCACGAUCAACAUGUCGACGCCGUCGCUCUCCAAACCAAUUAGUUCUGUUAUAAGUGUGAUAUCAUCGAACAUGCCGAAAGCUACCAAUCCACCACGCGUGCCUGUCUCUAUAUUGACUCAACAUCAAGUGAAACAAAAAAUUGUAAAAACUAUAGAAAAGCCGAUGAUGCUCGCACUUUCUAAUUCAAAACUAUCUAGUUUGUCCGUGACACACGACGCAACACUACCAGCAAAGAUAUUCCAAGACGAUGCCGCCUCGCCUGACAGCACUGUCUCGUCUGAACACAACCCAGACAAGGAUCUGAACUUAAACCCCAUGUCAUCGACAUCUCAACAGCUGGCAACAAUGAGUUCUCAGGGCACAUCACAAAUGGACCACCGACCUGGAAUAUUUAAGGAACCUACAAAAGACAUCGACAUCGAAAGUGAGAUCAGCCAGCAAACUGAACUCCCGCACACGUUAUGCCUCAGCGACCGCACUCCAUUACUUUUGGGGAAAGCAGACAUAAAGAGUCCAGAUCCUAUACCUGAGAAAAUACCUGACAAUAUAAUGGAGGGAGAUGACGAGGACAAACCAGAAGACGACUUACAGAGCAAUUUACUACUGUCUUAUAGUAAGAGUAUCUCAGAACCGCCGCCACAGCCGACCAUACCGGACGCCAAAAUGGAAGAGAAUGUUGUAAAGACAAUAAAGGCGAUCGCUAAUCAAACAAAAGAAAUGGUAAUAGAUUCAAAUAUGCAGAUUACUUCGGACAUGGCGCAGGAUUCCGUGCAAAUAUCAAUCCCGUCGCCCACUCCAUCUCAAGAGAGGUACUUGAAUGACAUCACGAUGCAGGACCACCACGAGACUGCGGAGAGCAACAAGCACGUCGAGUCUUUCGAGGACAUGCUCUGCAUACUGGAGAACAUCGGCGACGACGCUAAGACGUAUGGCAUGAAGCAGCCAAACCCGAAACCUAUAAACCCUAAUAUUCAAAAUGCAAAUGCUCCCAAGCAAGAUCCGAAAGAGAAUCAAGAGCAGAGCGCUUUUGUAAAGCGCGAGCCAGAGAGACUAGCGCUUCAGUCGGCGAGCGUGCCGCAGCUGUCCCCGCUGUCGCAGCCCGCCGAGCUCACGUCCACCAUGGCCAACGUGUCGCAGCAGUUGCGGACCAUCAUGUCCUCGCUCAACACCAACGCGCCCAAGGACACGCAGCCGGUCCUGCGCAAGAACAGUGACGCGACCACACCCACACAAGUCAACUUUGAAAAUUUAUUGCCUUCUUCCAAAGUGGAAGUGGCUGCGUCGCGACCCUCGCCUAUACAGAGGAUUGAUAAGCCUACCGCAACAAUCUCGGCGUCUGAUAGUUUGCCCAUGAGUGCUGCUCAGGCUAUUGGCUCCAGGGUCAACACGCUCUCGUCGAUGGGACAAAUGAGAAAAUCUCCUACCGUGUCCCCCAUCAGUUCUCCUGGAGGCCUACAGAACUCUUUGAUGAAAUCACCUGCUCCUAUGAUUUCGAACCCAUCAUUCUCUCCCAUGGAUGAAUCUGGACCGACAUCAGUCGCCUCUCAAAUCAUCCAAAUGCCAGCUCUCUCGAAGAUACAUAGUUCUACUGCACCACCUACUAUCAUGCACUCGAAUAACACUAUCACUACUAGCAUGUGCAGCUACCAGAAGAAUCAGUCACUACAGACUAGCAUUCUAGGCCAUACGUUGCUACAACCAACUAGACAAAUAAAUACAAGUAACUUAUCAUUUAACCAACAGAGUAUCAGUACUAGCCAGCCGCCGGCUUUAGUCAUGACAUCUAGACCAAUGAUAGGUAACAAAGAACCCGCACCGAAUGUGACAGUGCGCACCCAUAGCAUUGUGAGCUCGGGAAUAAACCAAAUACAAGCUAAACCAGCUCCACCGGGCUCCAUUAAUUUUAUUACGUCAUCCAAACUUCUCCAUACGCAAUUGACCUCGCCUUUAAAACGCUCUAAAUCGACCGAUGAACCGAAAAGUGAAGUUAUUGUGGGCCACAUACAACCAACGAAACGACACAGUGUGGAGGCCGUCGUUGUAAAAUCGGAACCUAUGGAGACAGACGAGCCGAAUACAGCGAUAACUACCACUACCGACGCGGGUAGCAAGCACACCAAUAUACAACAAUGUACUGCCAACCAGAAGAAUGAUGAAUCCCAGAAUGUAUUGCUGAAGCAACUGUUGCAGACUACUACCACCGCCGCCGCAGUGGUCCCCGCGCGCGCCAUGGCCAUACAGCGGACUGCGCCUGCGCUCGGCAGCAUUCCUUCACUCGAAGCUCAGCUGGCGAGACCCUCGAUCCCACCAUCCACUCUGACGUUAACGCAGGAAGUCGAAAUAGCAAAGAACUCGCCGCGGCAUAAUAUUAUAACCAGUAGCGUAGUGAACUCACCGUUCACCUCUCGACCUAUACAAUCCAUUCCGACUUCCACCAUAUCGCCUUUGACACAAACUUCGACGCAAUCAUUGAUGGAUGUUCGCAAGCCACCUAUGAAGAUGAUGAGCAAAGAAGAAACUACACCUGUCCCUGAAAGUUCUCCCACGAUGAAGUCGAUGCAAAUGUAUCCAAUGAGUAUUGAAAAUCAGCAGCUUCAACAAGCUAUCAAGAAAGAAAUCGCUCCGCCUCAACAAAGUCCAGUUCACAGACCGUUUACGCCUAUGGAUGUGAAAAAAGAAUUACUUGACGAGAGCUCUCAGCAGUCAGCGACUUCUGGUGUCUCGACAGCAUCCGAUCAGGGAAAACUUGACCAACCUAUGAAGGAAGAGUUUCCGGAGAGUGUCAACAUGGAUGCGACAUCAGAGGUCAAUGCUCCAGAGACUCCGUCGGAAGCUAAGAAACGAAAGCGCCGAGAAUAUCAACAAAAGAAACGGAAGCAAUUACAAAUGAAUAUGAAGGCCGCUGCUGAAAAUAACUUGACUGCGGCCAACGCCAAGAAGAGGCCACGCAAGGGCUCUCGCUACGAAGAGGACUAUGACACGUUUAUUGACAAUUUGAUGGCGCAGUUACGAUUACUGCCUGCAAUGCAAAUUCAAGAACCAGCUCUGACUACUAACUUUGCUGUUUGCCCACUCUUUGGAUCCGGGGAUUUGACGAAAUUAAAAAAUAAAGACUAUGAUGUAUUAAAAGGAGAUUUAGUUGGCGAAUUUGGUAAUGCCAAGAUACCGAAUGUUGGAGAUUAUUAUAAUACAAAACCAUUCGGGGAAGAAGAACCCCUGCCUGAGAAACCACCAGCAUCUACUCAGAGAGGAUUUUAUGACCAAGAAUUCCAACCUAUCUUGUUUGAUGAUGAUCCAGAAGACAAGAAACUGGACUUUAUUUGUAAAGAACGCGACACAGACACGCCUGAUAGCAUCGUCAGCUGUUCCAGUCCUGAAUGUCUCGAGACAGAGCCACCAAACCGGUUCCCAGGUCUUAAAUUAAUUGACGAUGAAGAAGAAGAUGAAGAUAGUGACUCAGCAUCCGGAAGAAUAUCGCCUAUAAUUCCCAUAAUUGCUCCUGUACCGAUCAGAGUGAAGCCAGUGUCGUUAUAUCAAUCGAAGGAUGAUGACGAUAACAUGAAGGCGUUGAAGACACUAGACACAGAUGCUGCGAAGGUCAAGGGUGGAGAUUCACCCGGAAGUACGGAAACCAAUGAGAAUGUCACCGUGACGCUCACACUCACUUCGGGUGCAGCGGAAGAUAUUCUAGGUGUAUUAAAAGAGCUCGCUGGGAUUCUACACAUUCCUCCACCCACAUCAUAUCAAAUUAUAGAAAGAACAGCAACUCCACCAUCUCAUAAACUUGGCCUCUAUAGAUCUAAGGGUAAAGACGGGAAAGAAGGGACACCUAUUGAUAUUCAAAGUAUAUUAAAUGGCGCAGCUAAGUUCUGUCGCCAUUGUGACGUUGUUAUUUUAGACUCGGUCGUUAGAGCUAAAGCUUCAGAGUUUCCAUUACUAUCGGCUAACAAAGGCAAUGCUGAAGAAAUUCUGUGCGACAGCGAUUCAGAGCUUUACUUCUGUAGUACGCAGUGUUACGAGAGUUUCGCCUGGCGUCCUACCAAUAUUAUCCUUGACGGAAAGUCAAAGACUACCAUCAAAGAUGACAACAAGUCAGAUGCUGACACCAACUUGUCGAAAGAUAGAGACGACUUCGACACUGCAUCCACAGAAAGCAUGGAAACCGAUGACUUAGAUAUAAAACCAGACAUCAAGGAUGAGAAAAUGGACUUGUCGUUCAUGGAUUCCCUCGACAAUGACGAGCUGAUGAAAGAAGUAGGUGACGACGUCAGCGCACUUGACGAAGACUUGAAGAGUGAACAAGACGAGAAGAGCAACCAGAGCAGCGAGAAAGAGAAGUAUAGAGGGGUCCGUUACAAGGCGUGGUCGCCGGGCUGCAUCGGGCCGCCCGUCAAGUACAAGCGGCCCACCGACAGGGAGCUCACCGAGCUCGUGUUCCGCACCGGCGUCGCCAUCAUGCCCGUCACCAACGAGGACGUGCGCCGCUGCGAGCUCUGCGGCAUACAGGGCGACGGCGUGGCCGACGGAGUCUCUCGCCUGCUCAACUGCGACGUGGACCGCUGGGUGCACCUCAACUGCGCGCUGUGGUCCGAGGGAGUGUACGAGACCGUCAGCGGCGCGCUCAUGAACGUGGAGACCGCGCUGGCGGCCGGCUCCAGCGCCACCUGCGCCGCCUGCCGCCGUCUGGGCGCCACCGUGCGCUGCUUCAAGGUGCGCUGCGGCAGCGUCUACCACCUCGGCUGCGCCGUCAAGGACAACUGCGUCUUCUACAAGAACAAGACGGCAUUCUGCAACUCGCACGCUCCCAAGAAUGAAAAAGACAACGAGCUGACGACGCUGAGCGUGCAGCGGCGCGUGUACAUAGCGCGCGACGAGCAGCGCCAGGUGGCGUCAGUGAUGCUCCACUCGGACACCAACCACUUGAUCCGCGUGGGCGGCCUGAUCUUCCUCAGCCCCGGACACCUGCUGCCGCAUCAACUCGCCGCCUUCCACACGCCCAACUACAUCUACCCUAUAGGAUACAAAAUCGUCCGGUUCUACUGGUCGAUGUCCCGCGCCAACAGCCGGUGUCGCUACCUGUGUUGGAUCAGUGAGGAGGCGGGGCGGCCUCGCUUCCACGUGCGCGCGCAGGACGAGCCGCGCGGGGAGACUGCCGCGCCCACUCCGCGCGCUGCCUGGGCCAACGUGUUAGAUGCUGUUGCGGCUCUACGCGAAGGUCGCAGUGAAGACGGAGUGCUUAAGCUAUGGCCCAAUUAUGUGACGGGAGAAGAUUUAUUCGGUCUUACUGAACCUGCCGUAGUUAGGGUUUUGGAAAGUUUACCAGGUAUCGAGACCCUGACAGACUACCGGUUCAAGUUCGGGCGGUCGGCGCUGCUGGAGGGCGGGCUGGCCGUGAACCCGUCGGGCUGCGCGCGCAGCGAGGCGCGAGCGCGCGCGUGGCGGCGCGGCGGCGCGCGCUCGCUGCUGCCGGCCGCGCCCGCGCCGCCGCCCGCCGCCGACCACCCCGCCUGCCCCUACUCCAAGCAGUUCGUGCACACCAAGAGUUCGCAGUACAAGAAGAUGAAGAGCGAGUGGCGGAACAACGUCUACCUCGCCAGGUACACUGACAUACUCGACGAUAGCGCACACACGAUGACCGAGUCCAAAAUCCAAGGAUUGGGUCUAUACGCCGCUCGAGACUUAGAGAAGCAUACUAUGGUCAUAGAGUACAUUGGAGAAAUAAUACGUUCCGAGUUGUCAGAAAUACGAGAGAAGCAAUACGAGGCUAAGAAUCGCGGAAUCUACAUGUUCCGUCUGGACGAGCGCCGCGUGGUGGACGCGACGUUGUCGGGCGGCCUGGCGCGCUACAUCAACCACUCGUGCCAGCCCAACUGUGUCGCCGAGACGGUCGAGGUCGACCGACAUCUACGUAUAAUUAUCUUCGCCAAACGACGCAUUGCGCGCGGAGAGGAGUUGGCUUACGAUUAUAAAUUCGACAUAGAAGACGAUGCUCACAAGAUAAUGUGCAUGUGCGGAGCUCCCAACUGCCGCAAGUGGAUGAACUGAACACUACUUGGAGCAUCAACCCCGGAGACUGAACGAGUGCGAGGCCGGCCCAGGCCCAGCCACUGUGUAUAUACUGUCUGUGUAAACGUUGUCCCAUGUUUGCCUCUAAAGUUCCAUUUUUAAUUUGAUUCAGUUAAAUGAGCCUCAGAUCUUGAUGUUACAACGUUGUGACGACUAAAUAUAUCGAAUCGAAAAUGAAAUUGACUCGAAUCGAUGUUUAAAAUAAAAUAAAUAAAUAGUCAAAUAAUCUAUUUUAUAAUCACUGUCUGUUACCGUCGCUCUCUGUCUUUACAUUUUGCUUUAUUUGUUUAUUAUAUGAAUCUUCCAACUUAGUCUAUCGAUUACUAUGAAUCAAAAUAUUAAUGAUGUAAAAAUAAAUUUUCUUCCAUUUCUAUUUAAUCGAAUCCAUCAAUACUUUACAAAGUAUACGUAGGUAGCUAUGUCAGUUCACUGAAUCAAAUUAGAAAUUGGACUACAGACUAUGUUUUAGCUUAGGAAAGGCUAUGAUAACUAGUUUAAUGUACCAAAGUGAUCAUAAUACAUGUAAGUAAAUGAAUCAUAAUUAGACUUGUUUAAAAUUUCACUCUUAUAAAGCUGACGUGUGAUGAUCUACUAAUAAGACAAUAUCAAAAGAGUUUUACUGGUAUCUUCAAUUUUAUAACUAUAUUUAACCGUCGCGGUAAUCAAUCUGAACAUUUUUGUAAAUAAUAUUAAAUCGAUAUAGAAGUUGUUAUUGAAUUUAAAUGUUUUAGAUGUGAACGUUUUACGAAAGUAGUAGGCUAAGGUUUUAGUUUUAUUAUGUUCAAUGUAUUUUAUGAAUGUUUUGUGUCGCUGUUUUAAAUGACUUUUAUUAAUGAACAUUUAUUUGAAAAUUAUCGCACCUAAGUCGUCAUAGUCAAUGUUCGCGUAUACCUCUAAAGUGUACUUGAAAAAUCUCAGCAGUGACUAAUACAGUUAGGUUAAGUUACCAAAUAGACGAGUCUACAUUUAGUAUGCAUAGAGCACAAUAUAUUUAGCGAUGUAAAUAACCUCUUUAUUAGAAAUUAUGUAGGGCCCCGUGUCGGCCGGGCCGAGCUAGGCGGACCUUGUAACAGGGUAGUAAUAUAAUUUCUAAUGGAGCGGCACGAGACGCCACGAUGUGCCUGACCCGUUGUUGUUUACGUCGUACGACUCGUAGGAUAGAUUACGUACCACGCCGCGCCUUCACACGGUGGACGAACUUGAUACUAUACCUGUACGUGUGUAUGUAUGAAUGUUACGUGCCUACUUUUAUUCACACGAUUUAUUACACGUUCAACUGUACACAAGUGUUGCUAAGGAAACUGUUAAUAUAUUUUUUAGAGAGAAGACAUGACAUUUAGUAAUGAAAUUAUUUUGCGAAUAUUUUACCCAAAAUAAUAGUUUUAUACAUAGAGCCACCGUCUCCAAUAAAUUGUGUGAAUAAAACACCGUGCACAUAGUAGCUAGUGUAAUUAUUUAUAUAAUAAAUUUAAUGAAUAGUCCCAAAUGUGAUAUUACCUCACAUAAUUCGCGUGAACUUCAUUAUGUAGUGGCCACUGUGACCUACUAGGUUAGCUUGUUGCGUUACCGGCGCGCGCCGCGACGCGCUGCAGCAUCAAUGGAUGCGUUGUAAGUUGCAAGACGCUUGUAAGAUCUGGUAAAAGAGAAAUAUUUAUGUAUGUAGCACAAGGAAUUAUUGUAACGCAGGUUGCCGUCUACCAAUGUUAUGAAUUCAUGCAAAGUAAUUUUAAGUGUUAAAUGUGCAAUAUCAUAUCUUGAGUACAGAUUGUAAAUACGGAAGAAGCGCAGCGGUGGACAAGUUAUUAUAUUGUAAUCAUGGAAUAGAUUUGUUUUAUGUAUUGUUUUCGUAAUCAGUUGUACACCUCUCAUUAAAUAUUACCAUCGAUUUUAUUUAAUGCAUUCCCACAAAUUUUUCACUAUAGUUUGACUCAAAUUAUUAUUAUUUUCAUGAUAAACAUUUUGAAAAGUUGUAAAAUUAUGUACUUUAAUAUUGUAUACA